AUGGCUUCCCGUUUCAAUCAGCUCUCUCCUGUUCCUAAAAGCCCAGGCAUAUCGGUGGCCAACCAAGGUAGGCUCUGCUAUUGUGACGAAUGCACUCCUUCCUUUGUGUCUACCGUAUCUACCGUGUCUGAAGUUUCUGCCGUACCUGAAGUCUCUACUGUGUCUAAUAUCUCUGCUACCCACCGGCCCUUGGAGAUUGACAGCUGGGAGGGCUAUGAAGCAAGUGAGGCUGUAAUUCCGGAUACACCACAAUAUUUGCCCCCCUUUAGAUUCUCAACCGAUAUCUCCUUAAUCGAGCUGAACGCUCGCAAGCAUAACAACCAAGCUUCGGCUGAAGGGUCUGUUGGACCUGACAGGCGAAAACCUUAUAGUUCUCGUUCUCGUGGCAGCAACUCACGCACACAGCCUAUGUCCCACAUCGUCUUUGGCGUGGCUGCUCGUUCACCAGGUGUUCCUCGGCGCAAAACAAAUCCCAAGGCCGCAACUAGUGUGUCCGUGGACAACUCCAAUCACAAAGAGUCUACCGUUCUCCCUCCCCAUCCUCCGCCCCGUGAGGUUUCAGCUCGUGCCAAGCUGCAACCGGUUAAGCGAACUAAUUCGGACUAUAAUAAGACCCCACUUCCAGCUAUUCCGCUUGGUCCUCCCAACCGCAACCGCCAAUGA